AGUAAAUUCCCUUUCCUUUUUGAAGGACAGUGCAGGAAAACAAAACAACAAAAAACUAAAAGACAUAAAGAGAAAGUAGUGCAUUUGCGGGGAUUCAUUAGCUCAACAAACACAACCUUUUGAAACGGCGCUGCUUUCUUGUGGGCAUUAAAGACAGAGAUCUCAUUCAAAGAAUGAAGCCCUUUGCUUAAUUUAUCUGGGAUUAAAGUCCGUGUAUGCGUGGCAUAUCCUUUGUGUUGAAUUUGAAAUAUAUAUUUGAAUGUGAAGGGAAUUUCAGUUGCAUCAUUUGGGAGAUCAUAAGCUUCAUCCUCAGAGACAUAGAGUUGUUUCAGAUGUGUCCCAAAUGCGAUGAACAUUGUUGCAGUUGCUGCAGAAAAGCUCUUUCAGUCACAGAGGAAAAACAAAAUGCUGAUAUGUCAUGCCCCUUAAGUUUUACUAGAAAUUCCCAGCACUCAACUGUCUGCACAAUGUCUGAAAGUACUGCACCAAACUUUGUAUACCGGCGAAGGAAGCUACGUGGGAAUUCUGUUGCCAUUUUUUCUACACGUGACUCCUUAAACAAAAAGAGAACUGAUGAUUGUCUUUCAGUUCUGAGCUCUAAUGCUCUUUCAGUGGCAACGCAAGAACAACAUAUAGAUCCUCAGGCUGUGGUUGAAACUGAAGCCAUUAAAUCUCUUGUCAUGCCUCCCAAUAGCGAGCCAUAUCUUUUAAGAUCUGGUUCUGUUCAGGGAGAGCAUGUUUCUGAUGGAGCACCCAAAAGUAGCAAGCAGAAAAUGGUGGAGGUUCACAGUAUAAAUGACAGUUGCUCGUCAUCAAAGUCAAAUAUGGAUCUUGUUUCUGCUUCCAUGAAGACUGAAGUUGAUGACACUGGUGAGUGUUCCUCCUCUAGUGUAGCAGUUUUAGAGGUCAUGGGCAAAGAUUUAUCAGCAAAGGAUCUUUGCAUCUCCAUACUGAAAAGCAAGGGACUGCUUGAAAGAUUUCGGCCUAGCCAGACAUGUACAUCUGCAAAAGGCAUGGAGGAGAAGAGUGGUAGUGGUAGCUGUUCCCGGUCAUGCAAAGUUUGUGGUCUUUCAGAAAGUACUCUAAAAUUGCUAAUAUGUGAUAACUGUGAAGAGGCAUAUCAUGUAUCUUGCUGUAAUCCUCGUAUGAAGGACAUUCCAAUUGAUGAAUGGUUCUGCAAUUCAUGCUUGAAAAAGAAAGAUAAAAUUCUAAAGGAGAUGAACAUCAGAAAAUUACCGAAUAUUAUCAGCGAGUUGGGAAGAUGCCGAAAAGCAUCAUUCAAAAGUGACUUCAAUCUUAUAGAAUCACUGUUGAGGGAUUCUGAGCCGUAUUCCUCAAGUGUUCGAGUCGGGAAAGGUUUUCAAGCAGAAGUCCCAGAUUGGUCGGGCCCAAUUAAUGAUGAUGUUGAUGCUGUUGGUGAACCAUUGGUGUUUAAUCAAUCAGUGUGUCUUAAUUUGCAAAUGUUAAAUUCCGCCAAGCCUUCAGAACUCAGUCCUAUAGGGAAUUGGCUUCAAUGUAGACAGGUUAUAGACGGUAUAGGGGAAAGUGUCGACUCAACUGUCUGUGGAAAGUGGCGCAGGGCUCCACUUUUUGAAGUCCAAACAGAUGACUGGGAGUGCUUUUGCUCUGUCCUUUGGAAUCCAGCUCUUGCUGAUUGUGCUGCACCUCAGGAGCUAGAAACAGAAGAAGUCUUAAAGCAACUAAAAUAUGUUGAGAUGCUGAGGCCUCGGCUAGCUGCCAAACGACGAAAACUGGAGCGCACAAAGAGUGGUGGCUCUCAAGACCUUACAGAGAAAGUAACAAAUGGAGACACUCAAAAUGCUCGAUAAUUUUGCCGGAAGUAUCCACACAACUUGCCUUGGAUGUAUUUUGUUCAUUAUCUGUCGGAAAAAUCCAAGAGUAUGAAUUUCAGAGUUGUAUUCUAAUUGUUAUUAGAUGGAAUGGAAGGUAUUAAAGUAUCACAUAUAAAUGAGGCUGCUGGCUUUUCUGCGGUAGGCGUCAUGUCCUCACCUUUUCUUCCAUUUUCUUUUCUACUUAAUAGUAUUAUUCAAGCUCCUGGUAA